AAGGGGAGAAGGCGGGAGGAGAGAGGAAGCGGGAGGAGAGGCGAGAUUCAGGCUGGGAGAGAAAACAGAAGGGUCCCUGCGCGCGGUGGGCGAUGCGCCUCCUGGCCUUGGCCCUGGCCGCCCUGCUGGCCCAAGCGCCCAGCCCAGAUGUUUGCGAGGCUCUGAAUGUGACAGUCUCGCCAGGACCGACAGUGCGAUACGCCGAGGGAGACAAUGCUACCCUUUAUUGUCACAUUUCUCAAAAGAGACGGACAGACAACUUACUGGCUGUCCGAUGGGUUUUUGCCCUCUCACCCACACAGGAGUAUCUGAUGAUCAAAAUGACUAAAUUUGGGAUUGUCCAGUACUAUGGAAAUUACACCCACCACUUCCACAAGCAAAGACUUCGUCUUUUCCAAGAGAGACAUGGAACAAUGUACAAAUUCCUAAUUCUGAAUCUGCGGCCAACGGAUCAAGGCCAUUAUAUAUGCAAAGUCCAGGAAAUUGGCAAGCACAGGAAUAAGUGGACUGCAUGGUCAAAUGGCACAGCAGCUACUGAAGUAAAAGUGAUUUCAUCGAAAGCUUCAGAAGAUCCCACUUUUGAGAAAACCCAUGAGGCCUGGAAGUUUUUUGAAGACCUGUACGUAUAUGCAGUGUUUGUGUGCUCCAUCGGCAUCAUCAGUGUCCUCCUUUUUACCCUUGUCAUUCUCUGCCAGUCACUGCUGAACAAGAAAAGAUCCAGAGUGAAGCAUUAUCUGGUGAAAAGUCCCCAGAACAGCUCGGGGGAGACGGUCACCAGUGUGACAAGUCUGUCCCCGCUACAACCCAAAAAAGUAAAGAAAAAGAAAGAGAAGGCUGAGCAACCCCCAGCUAUCCCAGCAAAAGCUCCAAUAGCCAAUACUUUUCAGAAACCUAAGCUGUUGAAACCUCAAAGAAAAAUUCUCCUGCCGAAAAUUGCAGAGGAGAAUUUAACGUAUGCCGAACUUGAGCUGAUCAAGCCCCAUCAGGCAGCGAAAGGUGUGCCCACCACGACGGUCUACGCCCAGAUCCUGUUUGAGGAGAACAAGCUGUAAAAGCUGGUGUCUGGCUAAAUGUUCUUUGGCUGUGUUCUAUUUAAUUCUUGCUGUGCUGUUUAUUUAUAAAAAUCGUACAAAUGUCCUUA